GUGUCAAUAAGUUUGAAGUUAUGUUGUUUAUCUUGCUUUCUUUCUGUAAUGGAAUAAAUAAAGAUAUUUUUGACUAAAACUACUGUGAGAAUUUAUAGAAUUACUUCGAUUUUAUAGUUCACUUAUUGUUUAGAAAUGUGGCGCCGUUAUUUAAUGUGGUUUGCUCAUGAACAUGUCGAUUUUCGUAACUCUGAAAUCCAAAGCAUAAUAUCGUUGUUCAAUAUUCCUAUGAAAUUCAUCGAGACACCUUGUGUACAGAAGCCGUAUUGGAUAGUUGAGUUACCGACUGAAGAAUGUGUGAAAAAGAUAGCUUCUAGAUCGGUUCUGUUAAAAAAUUGUAUAGAACUUUGGUCUAGAGCUAAAACGGAAGAGCAGCUACAUCAAAAUCUUAGAAGUGCCUUACAAAAUAAAAGUGGGACAUGGUUAGGGACAAGUUCCCACAAUGUUGACAGUCAUGUGUGCCCAAGUGAGUUGAUAGAAGGUUGUUGUCCUGCAGACAAGUCCUUCAAAGUGGAAGUCGAGACUUUUUGCAAACAUUUCACAAUGAAAGAGAAAGUAACAAAAAUAGAGUCUUUCAGUUAUUUGCCACUAGAAGGCCCAGUGAAACUCAAAGAUCCAGACAUAACCCUGAGCUACAUGGAAUUCUAUGGAUCAGAUCCAAACAAUGUCCCGGAACUGCCUUAUGAUCUCUUCUUUGGCCGAUUGAUAGCAGAUGGCCAGCGUGACCUCAUCCAGGUGCAUUCACUGAAGAAAAGGGAGUUCAUUGGCAACACAAGCAUGGACGCACAACUAGCCAUCAUCAUGGCCAACCAAGCUAAAGUGAAUGAUGGGGAUCUUGUUUUAGAUCCAUUUGUCGGUUCAGGAUCUUUGUUGGUUGCCGCUGCACAUUUUGGAGCAUAUGUUUGGGGCUCCGAUAUUGACUUCAUGAUGCUCCACGGCAGAACUCGACCCACACGCUUUGGCCAAAAGGUCCGCACCAAGGAAGAGAGUAUCCUGGGCAACAUGAGGCAGUACGGCAGCGCCGGCCGCUACCUGGACGUGCUGGUCAGCGACUUCUCCCGCCCGCUGUGGCGCCCCGGCCUCGCCUUCGACGCCAUCCUCACUGAUCCUCCUUACGGAGUCCGCGAGCCGACAGAGAAGAUCGGGAUAGAAAGGGACAACUACACGUUAUCAGAGGCACACCUCGUCAACCACAUACCAUCCAAAGUGGAGUACGGGAUUCCGGAGAUGUAUGGAGACUUGUUAAACUUCGCAGUCAGGCAUUUGAGGCUUGGAGGCAGGCUGGUCUGCUGGUACCCGAUGGUUCGGGAUGAAUACUCAGGAUGUCAAUUACCCCAACACCCCGGCUUGGCGCUGGUGGGCAACUCCGAGCAAGUUCUGUCCAAGCUGACGUCCCGACGUCUCCUCACGUACGAGAAGACCAGUGACGACGUCCACAUCGAGGGUGGGACGUAUACAGGGGUGAACUUUAGAGAAAAAUAUUUUGCCGUCGGCGAGCAGUCCAGACGCGAGAGGAGGGAGAGGAAAGCGGAGGAGUUGGCGGCGAACGCUAGGUGGCGGCCGCAAACACGCGACCUUGUAAAUAAAACUGAUUAAUACAU